AUGAGAGAAAUCGUAUCCAUCUCCGUCGGUCAAUGUGGUAACCAAAUCGGUCAAGCCUUCUGGGAAACCAUCCGUAACGAGCAUUGUCUCAACACUGAAGGUGAAUUCACCGGUACUAACUCUGUGCUCAAGGAAAACUUGAGUGUCUACUUCUCUGAAACCCAAAACAACCGCUACGUACCAAGAAGUGUUUUGGUUGAUUUAGAAUCCUCUGUUUUGGAUAAUGUAAAAUCCUCCAAGAAUGGAACUCUCUUCAGACCAGACAACUUUAUUGCCUCCGAAGGAAGUGCUGGUAACAAUUGGGCCAAGGGACACUACACUGAAGGUGCUGAACUUGCUGAUCAAAUUAUGGAUGUGUUGAGAAAGGAAGUUGAACAAUGUGAAGCUUUACAAGGAUUCCAAUUGACUCAUUCUCUUGGAGGAGGUACUGGUUCUGGUUUAGGUACUUUACUCUUGUCCAAAUUGAAGGAAGAUUAUCCUGAUCGAAUGCUUGCUGCCUUCUCUGUCUUGCCAUCUCCUAAAAUGUCAGAUGCUGUGGUUGAACCAUACAAUGCUACUUUGAGUUUGCAUCAAUUGAUUGAAGCUGCUGAUGAAGUGUUUUGUUUGGACAAUGAAGCUCUCUUUGAUAUCUGUACCAAGACUUUGAAGAUGCCAUCUCCAUCCUUUGCUGAUUUGAAUUCACUUGUUGCUGGUGUCAUGUCUGGUGUCACUUGUUCAUUGAGAUUCCCUGGACAAUUGAAUUCUGAUUUGAGAAAAUUGGCUGUCAAUUUGAUUCCAUUCCCUCGUUUGCACUUCUUUGUGGUUGGAACUGCUCCAUUGGCUGCUGUUUCCUCACAACAAUAUCAUGCCAUGACUGUUUCUGAAUUGACUUCUCAAAUGUUCAACAAGAAGAACAUGAUGGCUGCUUGCGAUCCAACCAUGGGCAAGUAUUUGGCUGCUAGUGCUAUUUUCAGAGGUCCAGAUUUGUCCACUAAGGAAAUUGAUGAUCAAAUGGUCAACAUGCAACGAAAGUUCUCUCAAAACUUUGUCGAAUGGAUUCCAAACAAUAUCAAAUCCUCAGUGUGUGAUGUUGCUCCAGUCGGUCAAAAGAUUUCUGGUACUUUUAUUGGUAACUCGACUGCCAUUCAAGAAGUCUUUAAGAGAAUUGGUACUCAAUUCCAACAAAUGUACAAGAGAAAGGCUUUCCUUCAUACCUAUAUUGAUCAAGGAAUGGAUGAAAUGGAAUUUACUGAAGCUGAAUCCAAUUUGACUGAUUUGGUGAGUGAAUAUCAACAAUAUCAAGAUGCUACCAUUGAGGAUCAAGUCGAUUCCAAUGAUGCUGAACAAGAACCAAUCAUGGAAUAA